AUGCCGGGCCACCCGGCUACUGAGAAGUUCGGUGGGGCCACCUACACCAUUCCGCAAUACCUGGAGCGGGCCAACACUACCGCACACCUCUUAAGCUCGCGCCACCAACACCCGCGCAUCGCCGUCACAAGAGGCAUCUGUUCUGAAACCAUGACGAGCGCAACCAUUUCAACGAGCGACGAAGUGAUCCUGUGCUGCGUGCAGGACACGCCCGUGUCUUUCGACUUGCAGGCUUCGCUCGACAAGCUGUCCAAGCUGGCACGCGAGGCGACCACCAAGGCGCGGGCGCUCGCGUCAUCGCCCUCGGUGCCCAUCGUAGUGCUCUUCCCCGAGGCGUUCCUGAGUGCCUAUCCGCGUGGGCUCGAUUUUGGCGCCAAGAUCGGCUCGCGCACUCCCGAAGGCCGCACAUGGUUCGGGCGCUACCACGCGUCUUCGGUGCCGGUCUGCGAUACCGAAGGCGCAGAGAUGCGCGCUAUCCGCAACGUCGCCAAAGAGAACGGCAUCACGCUUGUGGUGGGCGUGAUCGAGCGAUGCGAUCGCCCCGAGACGGGAAAGAAGCGCGCCGAGUACGGAAGCAAGGUCGUCGGCGGCACCGGGUCCAUCUACUGCACCGCACUGACGAUCUCCGAGACGGGCGAGGUGCUUGCAUCGCACCGCAAGCUCAUGCCGACAGGAACAGAGCGUCUCGUGUGGGGUCAAGGAGAUGGACAAGGUAUCAAGGUCGUACCUACUCCUGCUGGCAACGUUGGAGCCGUCAUCUGCUGGGAGAACUACAUGCCGUUGCUGCGAACGGCCAUGUACGAGCGCGGGGUAGAAAUCUACUGCGCGCCGACGGCGGACAGCCGACCGACGUGGACGUCGAGUAUGCAGCACAUCGCCAUGGAGGGCCGUUGCUACGUGAUCUCGUGCAACCAGUUCAACACGCGCUCCGACUUUCCUCACGACUACCCGGCGCUGCACGACCUGAAGCCGGACGACAUUGUGACGCGCGGCGGAAGCGUGAUCGUUGGCCCCCUGGGAGACAUCCUCGCGGGCCCGCUGAUGGACGAGGCGGGCAUCCUGGUGGCCAAGGUCAGCAAGAGUGCACUGGUCGAGUCCAAGAUGGACUUUGACGUUGCCGGACACUAUGCGCGCAACGAUGUGCUGCGAUUGCACGUCAACGACGACUAG